CAAAUCAUUAUUUAGUGUAAAGCAUUUGAAAGAAAUACAUUUGACUUUAAUUUUAAUUGAUUGAGAGAAUGAAGUUUUUUGUUUGCAGUGUUUUUUAUAUAUCUUAUACAUUUUUAUUUAUGAUGUUUUUACAUCUGUCGCUGGGAUCACCUAUAACUCCCUGUAAUCCAGUUGAAUGCUUCGUCGAUCCAUGCGCUUAUCAUAUUUGUCCUAAUGGUUCACAAUGUGUGUCAAACUACUGUAAAGGCUGCAACGCAGAGUGCAAACCUUGCGUAACAACUUACUGCAAAGUGGACCCCUGCUUAAAUUACCGUUGCUCUCCUGGAUACCAUUGCGUCGCUAAUUACUGUAAUGGUUGCAACGCUGAGUGCAAAAAAUGUCCAACAACCGUCUGUAAAGUUUGUCCAUUAUUUUGUGUGAAAGGCAGUAGAUGCAUAAUCAAAAAUAAUUGUGGAAAAUGUACAUACUCGUGUUCCAAGCUAAUUAAUCCAAUGUAUGAAGUAAAGAAAUAAUAAAGUUGCAAAACACACAAAUUUUUGUUGAUGAAUUUUAAAAUAUUGUAAAGAAAAAUUUUUGAAUAAAUAUUUAAAUCAA